AUGUUAAACUUAGGCCUAAUGAUGAUAAGUGGAAGAUCUCUUUCAAAGAGUUCCAUUGUCUCGAAUGGCAAAAGCAAUAAAAGCAGUUGCAGCAGCAGCAGUAAUGGGGGCGGCGGUGCUUCAUCGACGGCAUCGUCUUCUCCAGACUUAACGGCACAUGCACAUUCUCAUUGCUCCCGUCCCGCCCUAUCUGAAGCGAGUGACGACUCGUCAUUGACGAGCGAAGACUUGGAGCACUUGGGUGGUGGUGGUGGAUACGUGGACAGUGAUACCGGCCUAGAAAGCAUGUCGAGUGCGGAAACUGCUGCAAAGGCAUGCAGCCUAUGUCAGGAAAGGCCUACAGUUGUAGGUGGUAGUGGAGGAGGAUUUCUAGGAAAUAAUGUCGUUAACCAAGAAGCCUUAGUACAAGAAGUAACCAGGCUAAAAUGCGACAAACUGGAUCUCUUAAAACAGAAUGUGACCUGUCAAAAAGAUAUAAAGAGGCUAAGAGAGAAAGAGUUGAGUCUACAAACAGACUUAGCAGCAGCGACAAAGGAAAUAAUACGGUUACGGGAUCUUCUUAAAAAUUUCAAUACUACCGAUGAUUCGUCACCAGUAUAAUUGCCUUUACCAUUUUUUUUGUGUAUUUUGCGCAAAUUUCAAAAAUUCCGUAUGCUGCAUUUAUUUUUUUGUGUUAGAUUUUUCUGUUUCAAUAUUAUUUACACAGUACAAAUAAGCGACGAUGUAAUGAUGCUUAAAAAUGCUAUAUUUUCGAUUAUUCAUAUAAAAGCGGUCCUGUUCAGUUGUGUAUUUUAUUGUGUUCAUUGCGCGCGUUGCUAUGAAAACAGGCGACCUUAAAAUAUUUAGUGAAAUUUGUCAAUUAUCGACGUUAUUAAAAAAGCACACCAAGAGACGUCGUUCAAACAGCUCGUCUUUCUUUCUUUACGUUUGUGAUAUUCCUUUGUAUUUUUUCUCUUUAUUAGCUAUUAACGGUAGAUAAAUAGUAAUUUAUUUCAAGCAUAAUUAUAUUUAAGAAAUAUUUUCUAUCAGUUAUUAUUUACUAUAUGAAUGUUUAUUAUAUAAUUUAGUUUGUCCACUAGGAAGAAACUUUACCAACAAAAUGAUACCAAAGUUAACAUUCCCCAAAUUUCACCAGAUUAGUUGUUAGGUCACAUAUUGUAAAUAACAAAGAGAAUAUUUGUGGUGUCUUAAAAGCCUAAAGUUACAAUUUUUUCAUUUAGAAUACAUUGCACAUCUGAUUUGUAUGUUCACCUUUAACUUCUCGUCGUAAAAAAAUUAAUUAGUUCCCUUUGAAAAUUAGCUGAUUACACAGUACAGCUAUUAAUUCAAGUUUUGUUUAAAUCAUUAACUCUUAAAGUUUAUUAAUUAAAUAAAUAACGCUAUGUUAUAGAUUGAAAACAUUUUCGAUUACAUUAAAAAUUGCAUUUUAAAAUUUUAAAUAAAGCAAUUCAUUAACCGAAGAAAGUAUUAAAAAAGUAUUUCUAUGAGAUUAUGUUUGCGAUGCAAUUUACUAGUUGCAUUUUGUUAAAAAUCUUGAUCUUUCUGUAUAAAUUCGCCCUACAAAAAUUGUUUAAGAAAUACUCUAUUUCAUGUAUUACUACAAAAUAAUGUACUAUUUUUGUAGUACCUGCGUUAAAAUCUGAGAUUAUGUAAACUAUAAUCGUUGUAUGUUACACAAAAGUUAAGAAAAAUAAAGGAAAUUAGUUGUAAUGU